CCCAGGGAUAAUGAUUGACAGGGGCAGCGGGGUCAGUUUGCUUAACCGCUGCAUUGGAGGGAAGCAGGCAUAAACUCCAGCUCCGUGUGAGGAGAGAGAGAUCCUGCCCGACUCUGCCCGACUUCGGCCCGUUCUCCCAGUCAUGGGUGUCCACACAGCUCUCAUACUCUGCUCCUUCUUCCUUGCAGGCUCAGGGGAUCCGCUGGCCCCCCCACAGAGCGCUGGGACACAAACAGGUGAGCAGACGCCAGUCCUCACGGUGGAGCCUCGCAGCGCCGUGGUCCGGCAGGGCGCCCCCGUCAGCUUCCGCUGCAGCGCCCAGGGCGGGGCGGCGCCCGCCAGCCUGGAGUGGAAAAAAAACAACAACCAGGCGCUGCUGGACAAUGUUAAAAUCGGACCAGACGGCUCCGUCCUCACCAUCGCCAGCGCCCGCCCUGGUAACCAUGGCACCUACCGCUGCGUGGGCACCAACGCACAUGGAAAAUCCCAGAGCUCCGCCUCCCUGACCGUUCACUAUUCCCCGAAGGUACAGGCCACCCCCAAGAGCCCGGCGCGGGUGCGGAUUGGCGAAACCAUCAACCUGGAGUGCCACGCCACGGGACGGCCCCGCCCAACUGUCACCUGGCACAGGGAGGGGGGCGCCAAGACGGGGACGAGCAGCUCCACCGAAGCCAAGGCCACGGUGCAGGUGCAGGCCGCACGUUCGGAGGACGCCGGGGUGUACGUCUGCAAGGCAGAGAACAGCGAGGGGACGGUGGAGCUGAAGGUGCAGGUGACCGUGGAGGGUGGAUCCCAGGCUCCUACCCCGCCCCGAGCCUCCAUCCUCCAGGCCGACAUGGUGAAGGUGGAGGGGGACUCCGUCACGCUCCAGUGCCAGGCCACCGGGUACCCCACUCCAACCAUUGCCUGGUCCAAGCUGCGGGCCCCGUUGCCCUGGCAACACAAAGUGACGGACGGCACCCUGGUCCUGCAGAACGUGGGCCGGCAAGACUCGGGCCAGUACAUCUGCAACGCUACCAACGCUGCUGGGUUCGAUGAGUCAACGGUGCAGGUAGAGGUGGAGACCCCUCCCUAUGCCACCUGUAUUCCGGAGCAGGUGCGCGUGCAGGCAGGUGAGGCCAUCCGGCUGCAGUGCCUGGCCCACGGCACGCCCCCCGUGCGCUUCCAGUGGACCCGGGUGGGGGGGAACCUGCCCCCCCGCGCUCAGUCCACUGACGGCCUCCUGCUGAUCAGCCAAGCCAGGCCAGCCCACGCCGGCACCUACAAGUGUGUGGCCUCCAACAAGUGGGGAUCCAGCCAAGCCCUGGCGAAGGUCACCGUCCGAUCAGCGUGACAGAACGACACUGAGCAUGCGCAGUGAGAAGAACCCUGUAGCUGCCAAUCACGGUUCACUAUGCUACAAACGGCUUUUCUCUUCACAGUAACUGCCCAAGCCAGCCAAUCACAGUUCACUAUACUACACGCUCUGCCUGCCGACAUUUUCAUACCUGCUGUCCUUGCAAAUCAAUCACAGUUCACUAUACUGCACAGUCUGCCAAGAUUUUCAUAACCAUUGUCCUUUCCAACCAAUCACAUGUCACUAUACUGCUCACUCUGCCAAGAUUUUCACAACCACUGUCCUUUCUAGCCAAUCACAGUUCACUAUAUAGCACACUCUGCCGACAUUUUCAUACCUGCUGUCCUUUCCAACCAAUCACAUGUCACUAUACUGCUCACUCUGCCAAGAUUUUCAUAACCACUGUCCUUUCCAACCAAUCACAUUGCAUUUUUCCUUACAGUUGUGUCUUCAUGUCUGUGUUACCGUGCUGCAUGCGUUUUAUGGAGUAGUGUCAUACCAUAUGGAGGUGCUUAUCUUGUGGGAAAAAGCAAUAAGUCUUCACAGAAAAGGAUAGAGAAUGAUCCCUACACAUCUUUAUUUUUUUUUAAACUGCAUCAGAAAUUUUGCCAAUAAAGCAAAUGUGACUUGUGCAUAAUGCACAUUAAAGAAA